AUGGUUGUUCUGCUACUCCGAUGCAAAGAUCUUGACGUCAACCCCACACGGUACACACCUUUGAUGUUGGCUGCUAUGUACGGACACACCAAAACGAUGGAGCUGCUUCUUAAAGGACCCCGAUUGGUCAACAAGAGAGACCCUAGGACGUGCUGUAGUGCUUUGAUGCUUGCAGCCAUCAAAAACAAGCUAGAUGCCGUGCGAAUGCUUUUAAACCAUCCCGAAAUCGAUCUCAAUCUGCAAGAGUACAGCUCGGGAAAUACUGCUUUGAUACACAGAGCGCAAAGGGGAUACAGUGGUGUUGUGGAGUUGCUUCUUGCUCGCGGUGCAGACAUGGAGGUUCUGCAGUAUAAAACAAAAGGCACUGCUCUAAAUAUAGCCGUUUGCUAUGGUCAGACUUCAAUUGUCCAAACGCUGCCUGAACACGGCGCAGACCAUCGCAGAACAGACUAUCUUGGGGCCGGAAUACUUCAUUGGGCCGCGUCGACUGGUCGGCCUGAUAUUCUUCGAGUCUUGUUGGAGUUUGAUAAGACCCUCGACGUCAAUAUGCAAGAUGCAAACGGCAAGACACCACUCCAUGACACUGCUCGACAAGGCUCAAUUGGUACUGCAACAAUUCUUCUUGAAACCCCAGGGCUCAGGAAGAUACCGGCUACACCUCUAAUGGCGGAAAUGGCCAGCCUAGCCAGACCCGUCAACUUUCAGUUAGUGAAUAUUCCAGUGCCGAAUCGGACAUUGAUGUCGAUGGCGAUGAUCUCACGGGACUUGAUGCCUUGGAAGCGAGGACUAGGAAGCAGCAACGCCAAUUGA